AUCAUCUCGUGACAAACGUGACAUUGUAAGGUCAAAUGUUAACCUACAUUUUUUAUUUAAUAAUGUUUUUUUUAAUCUUUACAUAUUUGUAAUGUUAAUUACAAAAACCCAAUAACGCCCCAAUCCGUAACUUGUCAGUUUUUUUGGCUUGCAAUCAUUGUUCCCAUAUCUAGUAUUCAGAAUUGGAAUUUUUGCAUCUAAUAAAGUGAUAACUGAUAAUAUGCCAUUUAUCCGACAAUGUCAAAUGAGUAAAAUGAAUAUGCAGCUUAGCGGCUUAAACCCACAGUAUUUGUGUACACAGAUUUAUUAGUGACCCCUUUUUUAUUAAUUUGUGAACAGUGAAAGUGUAGGGAAUAAGCGGUGCAUACUAGUAACGGGAAUUAAAUUUUAUGUAAAAAUUAUGUCUAGAAUUGGUAAAGAAAUUUUACAUAGUACCAGAAGGUUGACUUCUGUACAUUAUUCAAAUAAUAUUGGCAGAAUCUUAAACGCCACUUUUUCCACAAGCGAACAGAGCAACCAAAGCAACGAAUACGAUGUGGUGGUGGUCGGCGGCGGCAUCGUGGGCGCCGCCUCCGCCCGCGAAAUCCUCCUCCGCCACAAAAAUCUCCGCAUGGCAAUAGUGGAAAAAGAGCACAAAUUAGCCGUGCACCAAAGUGGCCACAACAGCGGCGUCAUCCAUGCCGGUAUUUACUACAAGCCCGGCUCACUCAAAGCCAAACUUUGCGUGGAAGGCCUGCACUUGGCCUACAAAUACUGCGACACCAAAAAAAUACCUUACAAAAAAGUUGGCAAACUAAUCGUCGCAACGAAUGCUUUAGAACAAAAACGAUUAGCUGAUUUACACGAACGCGGCAUCCAGAACCAAGUGCCCGACUUGAAAGUACUGAAAGGCGUUGAGGAAAUUAAGAAAAUUGAGCCGUACUGUCAAGGGGUUGAAGCUUUGUGGUCCCCGCACACGGGGAUUGUCGACUGGGGGUUGGUUACGGAGUAUUACGGGCGGGAUUUUAGGGACAGCGGAGGCGAUAUCUUUUUUGAUUUUGAGGUCAAUGGUUUUAAAGAGUCGACAAAUGGUGCGUUUCCUGUAACCAUCACUGCCAGAAACGGCAAGUCGGUGAAUGCUAAAUACGUCCUAACUUGUGGUGGGUUGUACUCUGAUAAAUUAUCCGAGCUGUCUGGGUGUUCUCGUGACCCCAGGAUUGUCCCAAUCCGUGGGGAAUACCUCCUUCUCAACCCGAAAAAAUGCCACAUGGUGAAGGGCAACAUCUACCCGGUCCCUGAUCCCAGAUUCCCCUUUCUGGGGGUACAUUACACGCCCCGAAUGGAUGGCAGUGUUUGGCUUGGGCCAAACGCCGUUCCAGCCUUUAGAAAAGAAGGUUACACGUGGUUUGACAUCAACAUGAAGGAACUAGUUGAUGCGUUUUCCUACCGUGGUUUCCAGAAACUGAUUUUCAGAAAUGUAGGAUACGGUGUGCAAGAAGUUAUGAAGUCGGCGUUCAGUCGUUUGCAGUUGAAGGAUUUGCAAAAGUAUAUUCCGGAAGUUAGAGCUGAAGAUAUCAAACGCGGGCCGGCUGGGGUCAGGGCGCAGGCUUUAGACAUCGAUGGUAAUUUAGUGGACGAUUUUGUGUUUGAUUUGGGGAAAGGGGGAAUUGCGAAGAGGAUUCUCCACUGCAGGAAUGCCCCCAGUCCGGGGGCUACCAGUUCCCUGGCGAUUGCCAAAAUGGUAGCAGACCGGCUCGAAAAAGAGUUUGAGUUUGCCAAAAGCGCAACAGUGUGAAUAAUAACACAAUAAAGCAAUUAGUUCCAAAACGCA